AUGACAUGACAUAACCUAAUUAUAUCCCUAUCCUAUGUACUCCCUAUCCUAAUCGCCGUGGCCUUCCUAACCCUCGUAGAGCGAAAAAUUCUCAGCUACAUGCAGGCCCGGAAGGGCCCAAACAUCGUGGGCCCUUUUGGUCUUCUCCAACCUAUCGCAGACGGAGUUAAACUAUUCAUCAAAGAACCUAUCCGCCCGUCCACAUCCUCCCCCUUCCUCUUCACCAUAACCCCAAUCCUGGCCCUACUACUAGCUCUCACCAUCUGAAUCCCCCUCCCACUACCAUUCCCGCUAGCUGACCUCAACCUAGGCCUCCUAUUCCUACUAGCCAUGUCAAGCCUCACCGUCUACUCUCUCCUCUGAUCAGGAUGAGCUUCAAACUCAAAAUAUGCCUUAAUCGGAGCACUACGAGCCGUUGCUCAGACAAUUUCAUAUGAAGUCACCCUAGCCAUUAUCCUCCUAGCCACAAUCAUACUUAGCGGCAACUACACCCUAACUACCCUAGCCGUCACCCAAGAACCCAUAUACCUAAUCUUCUCCUCAUGGCCCCUUGCAAUAAUAUGAUACAUUUCUACCCUCGCCGAGACCAACCGUGCCCCAUUCGAUCUAACAGAAGGGGAAUCCGAACUCGUCUCAGGGUUUAAUGUUGAGUAUGCUGCGGGGCCAUUUGCCCUAUUUUUCCUAGCCGAAUACGCCAACAUCAUACUCAUAAACACAUUAACCACCAUCUUAUUCCUUAACCCAAGCUGCCUAAGCCUAUCGUCAGAGCUAUACCCAAUUGCUCUUGCUACUAAAGUCCUCCUCCUCUCAUCCACAUUCCUGUGAAUCCGAGCCUCAUACCCACGAUUCCGCUACGACCAACUAAUGCACCUCCUAUGAAAAAACUUCCUUCCCCUGACACUAGCCCUAUGCCUCUGACACACUAGCAUGCCAAUCAGCUACGCCGGUCUACCUCCCACCUAA